CUCUCCACCCCACAUCACGAGGCACGAGCCUUUCUUCAAACGCCAUCCUUCUAUUUUUCCCUAUUUUCCAUUUUUCCUCAUACCUUCUAAAACCGCCAAAACCCAUUCAUUGUUGUGCCAUUCUUCCAUUUUACUCUAACUGCUAUAUGUUCGCAGAGGCUCCAUCUUUUCCCUCCAUUUGUUUCUGAUUCAUUUCUACUGCCCCAAAACCAAACCGCACUUCCGUGCUGCAUCCACUGAUUCUGAUCGGAAGAAUGGCAGAUAUGGAUGACAGGAUUAGCAGGUUAUCAGAUGAACUCCUCUGUCACAUUCUCUCAUUUCUUCCAACUCAACAAGCAGUUGCCACAAGUGUUCUUUCAAAGAGGUGGUUGCCGCUGUGGAUCUCAGUCCCCGUUCUAGACUACGACAAUGUGAGUAACCGCGAACCCUCACAUUCCUUUGAAAGGUUAAUCUACGCAACCAUUCUAGCCAGAGAUCGGGCACAACCCAUUACAACCUUCCGUCUCAAAUACAAGCCUCGUGUUCGUGAACAUGUCAAGGAUGUCAAUGUUUGGGUAAACACUGCUAUACGACGUGGGAUUCAGAACCUUGAAAUCAAGCUUGUAUUAGAGCCUGAAACCGAUUCUGAUACCGAUUUUGAAGCCGAUUUUGAUUCUGAAACCGAGGAUGAAGUGCUGCCAGAAAUUAGGUUGAGCUGCAGCAGAAUUUUCAGCUGCAAAACCCUUGUUGUUCUCAAGUUGAAAGCGGUAUCUCUGGCUGCUUCUUUUUCGUUUGAGCUUCCCUCACUCAAAUCCCUACAUUUAUCUCAUGUUAAAUUUGAUAAAGGUCAAUAUCUUAUAGAGAUUCUUUAUGGAUGUCCAAUGCUUGAGGAUUUGAAAACACGUAACCUAGAUUAUGGCACCGGCUCUAUUUGUGAGAAACGAUUUAAAAUCUUACCUAAAUUGGCGAGGGCAGAUAUGGAUUUUUCUUGGCUGGAAACUGAGGAUGGUAAUAAUCUCAAGAUUAUUCUGAAAGCAAUAUCUAAUGUGGAGUUUUUGACCAUUGACCUGAUUGGAGUUGAGGUUGUUGAUGAUGUGGUUCCUGAAUUUCCUCAUUUAAGGCAUUUGACCCUCUCCGGGGCUUAUAGAAACUCGCAUUUGACGCUUUUGAUGCUUAAAAAUUGCCCCAAGCUUCAAAGUUUUAAACUUUGUGGAUCUUUUGGUGCUAAGGACGUUCUAACUUACCCUCAAUUUGUUCCUGAAUGCCUUACUUCGUGUUUAUCUAAGUGCUAUCUCGAACGUUACCAAUUUACAGAAAGUGACCUAAAAUUUGCGAAGUAUAUUAUGCAGAAUUCAACAUAUUUACAGGUCAUGAAAAUUGGUGAUGCUUCACCUAAUCAGUCUGAAGUACUGAAGGAGUUGUUAGCUUUGAUCCCAAGGAAAUCUGCAUCGUGUGAACUUUCUUUUAUUUGAUAGGUUUGUUAGUAGCUGCAGCAUGUGCCAUUUGUUAACAUAAUGCAAACGUGAGGGUUUAAGUGGAUUGGAAAUUACUAUUUCAUAUGCCAAUGAUGUACUGUUUUACCCAUUGAGAAAGGAUGCCUUUUCUUCUUUCUCAUGAUAGUAUUAUGACAUAAUUCUUGGUCGGUGGCUUAUCAUUUUAUAAGAUACUUGCAGGAACUUCAAUUCCAUUCCUUAAUAAGCUGGUAUGAUUUAGUGAUC